AUGGUAGUUUGUUAUUUUGGCUUUCUUUCUUCUGUUUACGUAUUUACAGAAGAACAGGAACUAUAUCUAUCUAUCUAUCUAUCUAAGAACAGGAACUAUCUAUCUGUCUAUCUAAGAACAGGAUUUCUCUCUCUCUCUCUCUCUCUCUCUCUUUCUAUCUAUCUAUCUAUUUAUCUAUCUAUCUCAUUUUCUUUAAUGCCAUUCUAUGUGAAUUGUUUAAGAUAUAUCAAUCUAAUUGACCAUAUCUAUUUAUCUAUCACAUUCUUUUCAUUAUCUAUUUAUAUCAGUUUCUUCAUCUCUCUCUCUCUCUUUCUCAAUACAACAAAACGUUACAAGCUUGUCGUUACUUUUUCUCUCUCUCUCAUUCUCUCUCUCUCUCUCUCUCUCUCUCUCUAUUUCAUCUUUUCUUUCUUUCUUUCCAUCUUUCUUUCUUUCUUUCUUUCUUUCUUUCUUUCUUUCUUUCUUCUUCAUUUUGCAUUUAGCGUUUUAUUUUUUCUUUCUUUUUCCGAUAUGCUUAUUUAUUCAGUUUUUCUUUUUUUCACUUUCUUUACCUUUCCAUUACUUUUUAUCUUUGCUCUUCAUCUUCCCUUUCUUUCUUUCUUUCUUUCUUUCUUUCUUUCUUUCUUUCUUUCUUUCUUUCUCCUUAAAUCCGAUUUCCCUAGAUCCCCAUCUUCAUUUGUAUUUCUCCUCCCUCCUCCCCCCCUUCCUCCCCUCCUCUCUCUCUCUCUCUCUCUCUCUCUCUUCCCUUGUCAUCUCGUACAAUAA